GCCUCCCAUUGUCGCUGCGGCUGCGGCGCCUCAACAAUAGCGGCGCUGGGAGCGCUGCCCCGGACCGCUGUCAGCGCUCCUCCCCCGGGGCCGAGCGAAAGGGGCGUCGCCGCCGCCGCCAUGGCCGGUUGUUGUCAGUCGCUGGCAGCGGGUUAUGGCGACGGCGGUGAAUGAAUUCUCCGGGAGGCAGAGGGAAGAAGAAGGGCUCAGCCGGCUCCAGCUCCGCGCCCCCCGCCGCCGGGGCCUCCCCCUCCGCACCGCCCGGGCCGGCUCCCCCCGCGCCGCCGGCGGGGGCGGCAGCGGCGGCAGCGGCGUCCCCGCACAAGCGGAACCUGUACUACUUCUCGUACCCGCUGUUCGCCGCCUUCGCCCUGCUUCGCUUCGUCGCCUUCCAGCUCGGGCUGCUGGUCGCCUGGCUCUGCGAGCGCCUCUCCCGCGGCGCGCUCAUGGCCGCCAAGAGCAGCAGGGCCGGCGACGCGCCCGAGCCCGGCGGGGCGGCCGAGCGGGUGCGGGCGUGCCACAAGCGGGCCUUCGAGUGCAUCUCCAUGGCGCUGCGCAUCGACGAGGACGAGAGAGCAGGACAAAAGGAACAAGCUGUUGAAUGGUAUAAGAAGGGAAUUGAAGAACUGGAAAGAGGAAUAGCUGUCUUAGUUGUUGGUCAAGGUGAUCAGUGUGAACGGGCUCGACGUCUGCAGUCUAAAAUGAUGACAAAUUUGGCAAUGGCCAAGGAUCGCUUGCAGCUUUUAGAGAAGCUGCAGGCAGAUUUGCAAAUUUCCAAGCCACAAAUGGAGGUCUAUAAUGACAGUACUAACCUGGCAUGCCGCAAUGGACAUCUCCAGUCAGAAAGUGGAGCAGUUCCAAAAAAGAAGGAUCCUUUAACACACACAAGUAAUUCCCUUCCACGUUCAAAAACAGUUGCAAAGACUGGAUCUACAGGCCUUUCAGGUCACCACAGAACACCGAGCUACAGUGGGAUAUCAACUGCCUCUGUGUCUAGACCAGCAGCAAACCCUGCAGCUUCGACUCACAAGGCUGCUCCUAAAAAUAGCAGAACAAAUAAGCCAUCUACUCCUACCCCUGCUGCUCGAAAGAAGAAAGACAUGAAAGUAUUUAGAAAUGUGGACAGUAAUCUUGCUAAUCUUAUCCUGAAUGAAAUUGUUGAUAGUGGGCCAGCUGUCAAAUUUGAUGAUAUCGCAGGGCAGGAACUGGCUAAACAAGCUUUGCAAGAAAUUGUUAUCCUUCCUUCUCUUAGACCUGAGUUAUUUACAGGACUGAGAGCUCCUGCACGUGGAUUGUUGCUCUUUGGCCCACCAGGAAAUGGGAAGACAAUGUUGGCCAAAGCAGUUGCUGCAGAAUCCAAUGCUACUUUCUUCAAUAUCAGUGCUGCAAGCCUAACUUCAAAAUAUGUGGGCGAAGGUGAGAAAUUGGUGCGUGCUCUAUUUGCAGUAGCCAGAGAACUGCAGCCUUCUAUAAUUUUUAUUGAUGAAGUUGAUAGCCUUUUGUGUGAAAGACGAGAAGGUGAACAUGAUGCUAGUAGGCGUCUAAAAACAGAAUUUUUAAUAGAAUUUGAUGGAGUGCAGUCUUCUGGAGAGGACAGAAUACUUGUGAUGGGAGCAACAAACAGGCCACAGGAGCUUGAUGAUGCUGUUCUCAGACGAUUCACCAAACGGGUAUAUGUAUCUUUACCAAAUGAGGAAACAAGAUUGAUUUUGCUAAAAAAUCUUCUAAGCAAGCAAGGAAGUCCACUGACCCAAAAAGAGUUGGCACAGCUAGCUAGAAUGACAGAUGGAUACUCUGGAAGUGAUUUAACUGCAUUAGCAAAGGAUGCAGCACUAGGUCCUAUCCGAGAAUUAAAACCAGAGCAGGUGAAGAACAUGUCUGCCAGUGAGAUGAGAAAUAUUAAAUUAUCAGAUUUCACUGAGUCUUUGAAGAAGAUAAAGCGUAGUUUGAGCCCUCAGACCCUGGAAGCUUACAUUCGUUGGAACAAGGACUUUGGAGAUACCACGGUGUGAAACACUACUUUAAACGGAACAAAGUGCUGCCUAAGGAGCAAUUGGUACAGACUACUGGAAAGCAGCCAAAGUUUACAGGACUUAGCAGAUCUUUGAGUAUCUGCGUUAAAACUUGAGAAUAUGAAAAAAUUAUACAAUGUGAAAUAAGUUCAUCAAAACCUCCUUGCCGUUUAGUGAGGAUUGACACACUGUAAGUAAGAGCACAAUAGGACUUUGGAUAAGAUUCCUACCAAUCCGAUCAUAGUUUGAACAAUGUGUGUAUUUUGUUUCAGUUGGAAGGCUCUGACGAUAUUGAUCAUCGGAAGACCUUUUCCCUUUGUUGUGUGUGUUUUUUUCGGUUUUAAUUUUGCCAUGACGUUCAUGUCUGGCUUUCUUCCUGAUCACUGCUACUAGUUGGGGUUUUUUUGUAACCUUUGAUUCUGCUUUUGUCUUAUUUUAGUUUACCCUUAAUGUGCCAAAUAAAACAAAUUCCCUAUGCAAAGAUGAAGAACAGCAUUGGGGGAAUUACGAUUAUUAAAAUGUAAAAUGCAGCUGGUCUGUUAUUAUUUGUCUUUUUGUUAAGUUGUAUGUGACUGCAUUGUUCACAGAACAGUUCUAAAAAAGACCUUUGAUAGCAGAACAGCAAAAAAAGGAAACUAUAAAAACCAGUUCAAACUGCUUUUUUUAAGAAAAUGACUAAAUAAAAAUAGACUAAGACGUUCAUUUACUGGCAGUAUUUUCUCUUAACUCAUUUUGUAACGCUUCCAUUGGUAGAACGUUAGCUUACGCUUAUGGUGUGCAACUUGAAGACCAGCUGUUUGAGAGAGUAAGUGAUGCUAAUUGUCAAGUUUCAGAAACGUGUUUCUGUUUUGUAUUUUGGUCUGCCUACGGUCAUUGAAAGUGAAAUUUCCAUUGUGUAAUUUUUUUAAUCUACACGUUUAACCUUUAAGCAUAAGGCUACAUGUUUAAUACAUUGCAAACGUUAAUGUUUUUAUAGCUUUCAUAUGUUUUGGUUUAUAUAUUAAAGUAUGAAACACUCAACUGAUCUGCUUUUUUUGAAAGAAACUGCAUCUUUGUACAAAUACUUGGAUUUUUAUUAUAUAAAUGACAAGCUAUUAAAAAAAUGCAAGCCUUUAAAUACUGUAAUAAAACAUCUCUGCCUUUACUUCUAAAGGCCUGACAUCUUGUUUACAAAUUCUGCAUCUGUCAAACACUGAGAUGUUUGUAAGGCAGAAUACUAGUUCCUUGUUAGAACAGUGUUAACAUUAAAAAAGACAACUCUCCCAACUUAGUGAUAUUGCAAAGUUGUGUAUUGUUUACAGUUGUUUAAACUAACUUGAUUUAUCUGCUUUGUUUCUUUUUUGUCUUUAUGGCAAAUUUUGUCCUUUUACCUUUAACUUAUUUUAUUGGAAGGAGUAAAUCUUAAAUAUUUCUGGGACUACUCAUCUGAAAAUUGACUGUAUAUAUUAUAAUUUUAUAUAUGUGAAAAAGCAGCUGAUGCAGUGCAAAUACAGUAAUAGCAAGAGAGGGCUUGGUAUUUCCUGCAUGGUAUUUGGUACUAGACAGCUGAAGCUGUGUAAAGCUUUUGAGACGUAUACAUGCAAUACGUUUGGGAUUAACGGUUUUCUUUAUUUUUUAAUCAGGGAUGCUUUUAAUUUCUUAAAUUGCUGUUCAUUUUAAUAUAGGGAAAGAUUGCGUUACACUAGUAUGCCUUUUGAAACCACUUCUAACCUUCUAACCAAACCACUUCUAGCCUUCUAAGGGUAUGACUCUAUCAAAUGUGUGUCUGAUAUAAAUGAAAUGUGAUUUCUGUUCCCCUGAUCAACCUUUCCAGAGAAGAAAUGCUGAAAGAUUACAGUUUGUCAAAUCUCACGUCUUGCUUGCUUUGCCUCAAUUCUACCUUCAGUAGAGUAUCUUUGUUUGAGAUUUCUGGCUAGUGUAAUAUGUAUUUGUCACAGACUUUGUAGUGUUAAACACAGGUAUUACUGUUUUACUACCAUAUGCCAAAUAACUAAACAGUUAACAAAUGCAUCUGGUCUUCCCAUUAAUAAAGUUUGCAGAUUUUUCCUUGAGAUCCUUUGCAAAUGGGAACGCUGGGGUAACACUUGUGGUUGUGUUACUAAAUAUUUGUUAUCAAAAUCAUUUUUCCUCCAUUAAAUUUUGAGGAAUAUAGUGGUAUUAUUUUCAGAUGUGUAUUGGCAGGUCAUAGGUACCUGAAAUGUACAGGCAGAACACUACAUCUGCUAAAACGCCACAAGUAAGCAGCACAAAGGGUCAGAAGCCUGAGCUGUUACCUCAGAAAGGAAAAGGACAACUGGUUCAGGACUGGGGAGUGUGUGACACGGUAAUGUUCUUUGGUACCUAUCCUGCCUUAAUUGUUUUCUGUGUAAUGGGUGAAUUGAAACUCUGUGAAGGACUUCUGGAACACAGUAAAAAGAGCUUGAUUUUGUUCUGCAACAUCAGUUUGCCCCAACAGCUGCUGCGUUGUUUUUUUUUUAGUCCAUAAGCAAGUGCCAUUUAAUUAAUAAAUUGCCUUUAAAUCUCAUUUACACAUUUACACUAUUUCCUGAAUAGUGUAUUUUAAUAAUAAUCCUGUUCCGCUCAGGAUAUUUUAUCACAUCUUCUGUUUUCUGGUGUUACGUAUACUGAGUAAUUUCCAGAUCAGUGAUUUUCAUCUGUGUGCUAGAUUAACUACACAUAAAAGUAAAUCUAAAAACGAAGCUGGGAGGGGGGAACCCACAACUCUCAUAUUUUGCAUAGAACUUUGCCACUAUAUAGGUCAUAAAAUCAGAUUAUGUUCUAAUACAGUAUCUUAAAUAGGUUAGGAUAAGCAGGACAACAGCUUGGAUGCUUUUAACCUUUGCAAAGGUUAUGUUUGCAUUAACUCUUUAAACUGACUUUUUUUCCUCCCUGGAUGAGUCUGUCCACUGCUAAUGAAUGAGUGACUUGACCCACUUCUUACAGAUGAUUAAGAAAGCAGCUUGUCUGGCUUGCUGCACAUGUUUUUUACUGACCUAAAGUUAAACACUUACUGAAGGGAAGGAAAAAAAAUUGUAACGAGACUGCUGGGUUUUUUUUAAGUCUUCUUUGUGCAUCGUUGCCUAUUAAUUAAAUAGGAAAUGCCUGUUUUGUCUUUCUACCUAUUGGAGGAAGAAUGUCUUCUAAAGCAGCAGGUUGCUUGAAGUAGUAUAUUUAUGCACUUGCAAGUCUCACCUGUUCUCUUACUUUGUCAGAAUUACAGAGUUUAAUGCAUUAGGAACAGGCAUUCCUCCCCGAAGCUUAUCAACUCUACUUCAGAAAGUCGGUCAGUAAUAGUUUUGUUGAAUAUGGCCCUGCAAAUUGCUUUAUUUAGAUACCAGACAUGAUAGUAACACUUCGUAACUAGAAUGGAAUCUCUGAAUUGGGAAGGAAGUCCUUCUCGCUGCAGUAAUUAGAAGCUGAUUUCACUGUUGGAUUCUUUUGAAUGUGAUUAAAAUAACAGGUUUUUAUACAUACAGCUUCCUAUGACAAUGAAGCUUACCUCCUGGUGUAGAAUAAAUUAGUAGUUUUUUUCCUGUUCUAAACAAGCAAGUUUUAGCUGAUACAGCUGUCAAGUACAUUUUGUGAAAUUUAAGUACCGGGAAGCCAGAUAUGUUGGCAAAUUAACUGAAGUGUCUGUUUUGCAACUGAUAUGGAAAGCAGCAUUCUGCUUAGGACUUCCUUAGCCACAUAUGGUGAAACUUUUGUGUGCUAGAAUCUUCUGCUUUCCUACCCAAGACAUGGAUAAUCGCAUAGUUGUGCCUAAGUUUAGCUACUCUAAUGCUUUAGUGAUGUGCAUGUGGCAGCUGUGGGAAAUGGCAAGCACUGUUGUAGGCUACAGGUCUUCAUUUGUUCUGUGGUAGUCUUAAGCUUCUGUAUUUUUAGUGCUGGGGACUUCUACCAGAUGUCAGAAAUAGAAUGAAAAGUAACAAGCAGGCAGUGGAAAACAGUUCCCUUAGUCAUUGUGCUCAUUAGAGGCAGUUACCGAUUUCACUGUUAGGCUCUCUUGAGCUGCUGGUUAGUGUUGAAGGAUGUUGUUUUAGUCACCUACAUGAACUUCCAUGGUCAUACUAAGAGAUGACCAAUAAAUAAAAUAUUUUAAAAUAUUUUCUCUUAAAUACUUUAACUAUAAUUCAACAGGACGCGGAAGUAAACUAGCUUCCUGCGAAGACAGAAUCAUCUAAAGAAUAGGGAAAUGCGUAUUAUAUUCUUCCUUCUUCUCUUGUACAUUGUAAACUAUCUUGGUGUAAACUGUUUACUUUGCCAAUAACUACCUCCUGAGUUCAGCAAUAAUUGGCAAGGUAGACACUCCUCCAAUGGAUUAAAUGUAUUGGUUAAACCCUGCAGGUUCUAUCAGUACUCUUCAGUUUCAUCUUUUUGAUUUUUAAAUUCUUGACAUGAUGUCUGGAAACUGGUGAUCAGUUGUAAGACUUUGUCUUCAUAAGAAACACUUCUAAAAGUUCUAUUUCAGAGAUUGGCUUUGAGGAAGAUUAACUUUCUUCAUAGUUGGUUAAUACAGGUUUAUUCUUUUAGGAUGCUAAAGGUGUAGUCUGUCAGUUCUGCAGGGUUUUUGUUUUGUUUUUACCUUUUGAAGUGAGAAGUACUUGAUCUAAUGCUUGCAUAGCUAUCAAAGAGGCUGGGAAUAUAGAAGCUGUUUUUGUCACAAUUGAAAUUUUUAUUCAGGUGAAGGGCUAGUCAAUGUUUUCAGAAAUCUGGAUUUAAGUGACAAAAGCAAAAGGUGGAGACGAAACGCUGUACCCUCCCCCAUUACAUACAUUGAAUGACUCCAGUUUGGGAUGGGGUUGAUUCUUGUCUUCUGUUGUUUUGAGGGACUUACGCUUCAGUGUUCCGUAAAGAAUGUUUUCUGAAAUGUUAAACACCAUUUUAUUAACAAGCAAUGUAAGAAAGCAUGAUGAGCAGUCACAUAGCUUUAGCUUCACAAUAAAAUGUUGCGUUUAUCGUUUUCUUACUGUUCUCGUCUGUUUAUCAGAUAAAAAUGUCCAAAACUGUGAGCCUUCUCAUUAAACCUGAAUCUGAUUAAA